CGUUGAAUUUCUGCUUGUAACAUUAAUUUAAGGUCAAAAGCUGUCAGUAUUCUCUCGCGAAAACUGAAUAAUGUGAUCUGUUGUAACACCUUUAUGCUCGCUUUAUCCUUCGUGAUUUCUCAAAAGAUGACUCCAAAAAAGACUUUUUGGAUCUUCCAUCUCUUGAAAAUAAAAAUGUACUUGUUUGGGGAAGAAAAAAUCACACCUGACCAAUGCGAGCACCAGAGGGAAGGCCCCCGCUUUAGAGAGAUGGGGGCCGAAAAUUCGAAUAGUUUUGUGGUUGACGUGUUCCUAUGAAACACAGGGGUAAUUUACACAUCAGAUAUGCUUGGUCUUACUGGUUUGUUAUGCAAAUGACCCCGAAUCAAAAAUUAGCAUCGACGUUCAAGUCUUGAUGAAGAGAGUUGAAAACCCAGGGCGCUAGAAGAGCGUUUGACUCGGAGAAAUCGAGAGCAGUAUGUGGAGACUUUUUGAGGGAUCGCUUGUGUUGUCAUGUUUCUUUUGCGUUUUGUUGCCGGUAUUAACGCGUGAAGCCAGUUUUGGGAAGGCUUUUGGGUUUAAACGAGGUAAAGUUAUCGGUGUAUUCUGGUUGAAGCCACUCAAACGCGUCUGUUCGAGAUCAUACCCAGUACUAAUUAUUAACUCUGUCAUUCACAGGACAUGGAUUUCACGAUGAAAAUGACUACGACGAUGGCUAUGCGGAGUUUACAGGUGAGAGCUUUUAAUGUUGCGAUACUUUUCUGUAUUAUUCGCGAACAGUAAAACGGGCAAAUAACUCAUCAGUCAUUAUGCGUCCAUCAAGUACAUUUCGGGAUGCAGUGACGUUAUAUGACACACUUUCGUCUCUAGUUUGUGGCUUUGAAUCAUCUACAAGCUGUCGUAUUUUCUAUUAUUUACUUCUGUACUUUCUUCAGUUUUUUUCCUCACCGCAAAAUUAAGUUUUUGAACUUCCUUAAGGGAACUUUCGUCUUUUAAUUUACGACAUUACAAGCGAUCAGUUUUACGCAUGAUUUAUCUCGUCGUUCCAUCUUCACUUCCCGUCCAUAAAAACUUUUAUUUUUGAACACUACAGCUGUUUAAGUCUCCAGUGAAUUCUUGCGUAUACUCUUUUGUCCCGCUUUUAAGUUACUUUGCAGUAUUUUGUAGCUAAGACAGGAAAUAGAGGCGAAAUGUUUUGAGUUGAAGUUCAUUUGCAUCAUUUUGUAUGCAGCUGUCGUACCGCGCUGUUGUUUUGAAAAAUAAUCCUUACUUUGUUAAUACAGAGGAAUCCCGGCAUUGCGAACGGGCGAUUUUUCGAACUUAGACUCAGAAAACCGAUUUUCCUUAUCCUGUUUUAACAUUGUACCGUUCAAACUGAUUUCCAUUCUCCCGGGAGCGCACUGUUUUGACGGAGAACUGCGACUCUUAUUCUUGUUAUUUGCACAUCCAAAUUUUCUUUUUCUCGUUUUCUUGUUUCUGAAACAGGUUUUGUUUUAGAUUUUCAAGAAAGAAAGAAAGAAAGAAAGAAAAAACGUAUUCUUGUCGCUUAAUGAUCUGAAAGCUGUAUCACCGAGAAAAAAAGCUUGUAUUACAUUGUAGAUCAACCAACCAACGACAUAAGUGAUCAUGUAUUUUGUUUUGUCUCUCAGUGUCUGCUGCGGAUCGUAAAAUUAAUAAAAUUAAUAGUAAGGUUUACUUACUGUUAAUUUUUGUAUUUUACCGCCCGCUGUAAGUCGCAACUGAUCCUUCUUAUAAACUGGAAGUCGAAACCAAGUCCGACAACAAAAAAAAUAACGUGUUUAAAUUUCGUUUUUUUAAACAUAUUUUGUGACUCGAAGCCAAAAUGUCAAAUUGUAUAUCUGCUGCUACCCUGCUAGCAGGGUAAUCUGUUGCUGAACAGACGUACUUCGUCCAGUUUCGGUUGUGAUUGUUGAUAAUCCAAAAAAUAAAGCCUGUUGUUGUUCUACAAAACAGCUUAUUUUGGCCCGCGUUUCAUUUCUCUUUCGAUCAUGCUCACAAAUUCUACGGUCAACAAAAUAAAAUGGGAAUACAAAAUUUUCCAGACGACACUAUAAUCUUGAGAUAUAUUUGAUUUAUUUUAUGUUUUCCUGGAAGGUUCAACACUUACAGAUUUCGUGUGGCUAGUUUUCUAUCCUAUCUUGAGGGCAUGAGUUUGCCGCCAGCGCCUUUUCGCUUCUUUAAAUCAGCGAACGGUCGGAGUACAUGAGUGUAGGAUUCUAUUUUUUGCCGGAACCUCAUUGCUCAGUACUAGGAGCUUUUAUUUAAAUGAUUAUACUUGAGGAUUUCUUCCAUGGACUUAGACGUUUAAGAACCACCUUGUUGUGCUAAUCGCUCAUGAUCAAGAGCUGUUCGUGUACAAAAACACAUCUUCGUGUUUAGCUGAGGGAUUUUAAUUUCGUAAUGAGAGGUAAAUAAACCGAACAAACUUAUUUUGAAGUAAUUUAAACGCUACUGCAGCUAUGUUUUGGAUUUGAUAUAUACGGCUAAUUUUCCUAAUUGUGUCGAUAGCUUCUUCAGCCUAGAUGCAGAAAGAGCACAGAGACUACAUUUAGUACUUUUUCACAUGUGCGGACCAUACAUGGCAGCAUUGUUUAAUCUUUCUGUCCUGAUAGGUUCCUUCUUUAUUUUGGAGGAAUUCCCUCCAUAUCCGUCUCAACAAAACAAGACUUUGACAGGUGUCUUGGUGAAAAUAGAAACUUCCUUUUACAUCUGAUUGUACAAACUGAAACUUCGAGUGUUUCGGUUUUUAUACCCGAUAAGAAAUAGUAUUAAAUGCUAUAAGGCACACCACUGUAUUUUGUGAUUAACAUCUUUCGCCUCUCUAACUUAUUUCGUCCGUUUAGAUAAUAAAAGGUGACCAACGCGAAAAAAUUCCAACUUUCCUACGCUCAAACUUAUUAAACGGUGAUUUCUUGUAUUGCUGUCUGCCGCAAAAGUUUGCAAAAAACUUUGUAAUUACGUUGAAUCGAGAAUCAUGAAUGCGAGUAGAAACCACAUGGUGUGGUCCAUGGUGUGGGAUAAAUAAACAUCGUGAUUAGCAAAAAAUAAAUCGAUUUACCCACAACAUCUAAGCGGAACAAAGAAAUUCAUUUAGACCGAAAGUGACGAACAGUUCCCCUUAAAUCCAGGUGGCUAAUAUUAAGCCUUUAGGCUUUUUCCUGCAAAAUUAGAUUAACACAACCACUUAGGGUAAAACCAAAUACGACGCUACGUCCGGACUUUACUUUAUUUUUGAAUUAUUUUCCCGUUCAAAACGCGCUGUUAUAGAGCUCCUUCAUUCAUUUGAUCUAAAUCAUUUUUUCUAAUUCAUUUCAUCAACAACAGCACGGGUAUGACAUAAUUUUGCAUGUAAAUAAUUUUGUUUCUUAAGCUGAACCCUCCAAAGGGAAUUAAAUGAAAUCAAUUUUCGAUUCCGGCGAAACGUUUUUCUACAAAGUUAGAUUAACGAAACCCUUUUUUACUGUUCAAACUUUGAGCUUGAGUGACCUCUCUGUUAGCGGAUUUUUCACCUUUAUUUAAUUUCUUGAUAGUGUAUAAUACUUUAUAGUUUUCGCGCGAUUUUCCCGGCAGUAAUCGAAAUAAAUCUUAAAGUUCUUCCCCGAGGAGUUUGAAUUUUGCGUUUCCUUUACAAUUAGAGGCCCAUUCAUGAACGUCUUACAAGAAAUAAAGAUAAUUACUUGCGACACUGAUUUUUAAACGCUGUAUGUUCUUAAUUGAAUUGCUAUUUGAAGGUAAUUUUUUAUAUAUUUCGGCAGAAUGAGAGAGCGGCAUCUUUUUUUUUUAACCUAUUUUGUGCUUUGCGUGGAUUCAAGAGAAUGAUCUCCGCGCGGACGUGAAUCUCACGCAGCGUGGGAUCGAGGGGGAAGUGAGAAAAUUACCCCUUCCUCCUAAGGGAGGCAGCUGGUCGAGUGGUCUGCGCGUCGGACUCGCAAUCCGGCGGUCCCGGGUUCGAGUCCCGCUCUGGAGCCCGUUUCUCGAAAGUCCCGAUAAUUAACGGGCCCGGUAAGCUGUCUCCGUUUACACUAGAGAUCGAGGUUUCAAUAGUUUUGCAUCUAACAUGAUAAAACUGUCAGUUAAUGAAACAAAAUGGAGUUGUUUGCUAGCCAGGACCCGCGCUCUUAUUCUUUAUUUUUCGAUUUGAAUAUUUGAUUUCGGGCCCGUAAAGGUACCGGGACUUUUGAGAAACGGGCCCCUGGCCACUUGCUGGAUUUGUGCUCGGUCAUCCCGAGUUCAAAUCCUCGGCCACGCUUGUAAAAUAGCCAACUGGUUGCCUCCUGCCAGUUGGGGUUUUUAAUCCUGUUAUGUUGCAUUUGAAUUAUUUGUUUUCUAAGUAUCUACUGACUGUAAAGGGCUUUGGAUCACUAAGAGAAAGGCGCUAUAUAAGUGUAUUAUUAUUAUUAUUAUUAUUAUUAUUAUUAUUAUUAGUCCUCUCAUCCCCGUCACUUUAACUCCGGAGUACCCCCCCCCCCGGGGGAAUCGACACUGCUGAUCGCUCCUCACUGAAGUAUUUUGCCACCCCAACAGGAGCUGAAAAACGCACGCUGUCAGAAAUGCAGAGGCGAAGAUUCCAAAAUGUUCAAGAAGACGAGGGAGAAAUGAAAAGAGAUAGCAUUCAUGACCUGUUAUUACGUGAGCUCACCAGAGGAGAAAAAACAGGUAAACAACUGAUUACAUUCAGACUACAGCAAGCUCAUAGUUUUUGCAAUAAUUUUCUUUGUCGAUGGGCGAUUGAUAUAUGUCUGCGUUUUUGUCAUGGCUAGUGAGCGGGCCAUUUUCAAAACUGGCGAAUAACUUAAGCCUGCGUAGCAAACUCAACUCGCGCGCAAACGCUUGUUACGCUGGCUAUAAUAACUUUUUCAUUUUAUAUGGCUAAAUUUUUCCCCAUCCGCGCGCGCUCACAUAGGAUUUUUUGAGGCCACAUGCAUCUAGUAAUAAGACUGUUUCGCGCCAAAACUUUCUGAGCCUUAACGUCAGAGGGUAAGAUUGAGCUGCUACCCACGAAUGUUGCCGUUCGCUAUUGUUGCCGUCUGCGUGUACUUGUAGACAUUUUUUUUUCUGUAAGCUGUAUAACAAAUUCCUCAAGGACGGGCUCCUCGGGAAAUUAGUUAGUUUUGCCUCUUCCUCAGAUAUCGAUGUUUCCCUCAGUUUCACAUUAGGAAAUAUUGUAUUUCUCGGGAGGCCAAGUUAACUGUUUCUUGGAGACCGUUCUUUAAGCGUUUAUCAUGACUUGUUGAUCUGCAGAAACAGCCGAUGAAGAAUCUCCAUAUAUGACAGACGACGUCAGCAAUGAAGAAAACCGCUUUGAUAAAUUACGUGAAAAUAGCCAGCAUGAGACGUUGAAAGGUUAGUGAGAGAUUAAAUGAAUGCGAAGGCACAAAGAAAGAACUACAAAACGAGAACAAUAACGAAGACGAUACGCGAAAGCGUCCUUCUACGUCAAUGCAAAUUGCUGCAAAUAGAGAAAUUUGUCAUUUUGCUCUUUCAUUUCUUUCUAGCUAACUAGUCUGUUUUCUGCUAGUCAGGAUUUUUUCAGUCCUAUCCCAAAUAGUUAAAAUAAUUGUUUUGACACUUCAAAAUUGUACUUAAAAGAAGCUUUUGUGACAUAAAUACUGAGCAAGAUAUGAUAACGAAAUUGUAUUCAUUUAGUUGAAGUAGUGUUUAAACAAUUUGUAAUCCCUGUGUUUGUCACUUUAUAAUUGUUUUCUUCGCAGAACAAAUUGUUGAUGGUGUGGGAACAGCUGAGGAUAAUCUGGCGUUAAAGGAGGAGGAAGAAAAACAAAGAAAGGCCAGAAUAAAGAAACUUUUGCCAAAGAACGGAGGUAGUCAUUUCAAGAAUUUUUCUUAAGCGGGAUUGGGGCGGGGAACAAAGCUCUGCUAUUUUAUGAACCUGUUUGACAACUGUCACCACUGGUAGUUUCGAAGUUAUUUUUGUGUGACCUUGAAGUUGAGCUGUUUAUGAUUGAGUGUCGCGAGAAUUUUGAUGAAUGCUCGUGAAUGCGUUGGUUUCGAAUUGAUACGCUUUGUCAUUGGCUGGCUGUAAAAUCUGGCGCCAUAUUUCUUAACCAAUGAGAAACCCGUUCAUACGAGUUUUCCACCGCUUGAUGCCUGCUUCUGAUGUAUGCUUUUGAUUGGAUCUUGUUUUCAUCGUGUCCAUUGCUCGCAGUGAUUGGUGAAAGUCGGUUUUACAUUAUUUGAAAAUUUAAAGAAGAUUUAUUCAUUUUUCUUUUAUUUUCAAUACUACAGAUCUUUUUGAAGGAGAUAUAGUGAUGGAUCAGCGUUUGCGAUCAUGGGUGACGGGCGAGUCUGAUAAACGAGAUGCCAUCAACGAUGUGUCAUACCUGUGGCCCAAAUCAGACGAUGGAACUGUAAGGGUACCAUACACAUUAUCUGAUGAGAUACAGAGAGGUAAGAAAAGUUUUUAAUAGGAGCGAAUUGCAUUUCUCUAUUGACCUCGUUGAGAUGCUUCCCCUCAACUUCCCUUCAAACGCUCUAACAAGACGUUUGUGUGUUGUUUGUCACCAUUUAUAUUUAAUUAUAUUAGGAGAAUCCUAGAAGGGGGGAUACCUUAUCCCAUGUCUUAUUUGAUAGUAGUCCUCCAUGCAGUAGAGACCUUCUGCAAUAGCUUAUCAGGAGCUCAACUUUCUGUUAACAAGAAAACAAUUGAUUUUGAAAAAGUAUUUUAGUAGGAACUGAAAGAGCAAACUUGCAAAAUUUUUAGCCGUAUACCGUAAAAUUCCGAAAAUAAGCCCCGGGGCUUAUAUUUUUCAAAGGCCCUAUUUGAGGGGCUUAUUUUUUGAGGGGCUUAUAUUCGGAGGGGCUUAUCUACGGAGGGAAAUUUGCGUUUCAAAAUCGAUUGGUCUAGCCAUAUAGUUGGAAGUAAAUUUACCGUUUUUGCUUCGUUUUACUUUGUUUUUGAGGGCAAUUUUCCAAGUACAAACCCCCUGGGGGCUUAUAUUUGGAGAGGCGAUUUAACGGAGGGUUUUUUGCGUUACCGCAUUGAGGGGCUUAUAUUUGGAGGGGCUUAUACAUGGAGGGGCUUAUUUUCGGAAUUUUACGGUAUCUCUAAGGUAGCGAUUGCUGGGGCCGCCGUAGCCCGCGAACGCAGACGUAUUUCGGGUCGUCGCUCCUCUUUUCCGGUGGAGAGAAGCGACGACCGGAAGAAGGUCUGCGUUCGUAAGCUAGGGCCGCGGAAAAUUAGAGGGAUUAGAAGGAUUUGUAUGGUCAAACAACUCUUGACCCAGUUAUAGCCCUUGCAUCGGGUGGAAUAAUACGCCCUUUCAGUUCCUGCUAAAAUCAUAUUUCUAAAAUGAAUUGUUUUUCAUGUUUACAGCAAGAUGAUCACCUGACCUACUAAUGUUGCUCUGUUACUUCUAAGAAUCACCUUCGCUCGUUGACUUUUUCAGAUUCUUGGAAGAUGGACAGUAUAAGUAAAGCCGUCGCCGCUUACAACAAGUAUACCUGUAUACGUUACGUAAGGCUCUUUGAGAGUGAAGAAGAACUUAAAAAGAGAGAAAUCGUCUUGGAUCGAGUUAGAUUUAUAAUAAAUUCUUCCAUGUGAGUAUACUAAAGAAAUUUAGCCUUAGUAAUAAAUAUAAUGGUCCCUGCGAGUGUGGAAAUUUCUGGUUGAUAUGACGUCACGGCGGCCAUGUUGGUAGCGAAGAACAAAAGCGUUUCUUGUAAAUUAUUCAAGAAAUAAUUGAAUUGUUUUGACCGCCAACGUGGCCGCUUUGUCACAUGGUUGCAAAUCAAGAAUGGGCGAAAAAGAUCGCCCACGAACAAGUUGCGGUGAGCGUCCAAAAGACCUUUUCCGAGUUCCAAAAACUCUCAUUUUCAAAACGAUGCUAAGCGCAAAUGAAACAUUAUCUUUUAAUCAAUGGCUUCGCACUUAGCCUAGCUUUGAAACAGAAGUAAAGGGGCAAUUCGGUCGUAGACAAAGCAACGGGAAAAUUGGCUUGGUGACCCAAAUCUGUUUUUAAACUUCUGUACGUACAUGUACCCUGUUGGUGCCCUGAAUUCAUGGCAUAACGCUGGGAGACGUCCGAUCCCUUGUUACACUGAGCACAUGAUUAAAGGAAACGAGGGGCCCUGUGACUAGAACGCUAUCCAUUUAUUUGCUAGGUAAUUUACUUAGCUUUGCCGCACACCACUGAAAAUCGUUUUUUUUUGUCUGUGUAGGUGUUACUCUCUUGUGGGUCGACAAGGUGGAAAACAGGAUAUCUCCAUUGGUAACGGCUGCGAGAGAUUGGGUACAGUUCUUCACGAAAUGAUGCACACCAUUGGCUUUAUUCACGAGCAGUCCCGACCCGACCGAGAUAAAUACAUCAAGGUGUUUUACGACAACAUCAAACCAGGUGAGAUAAGUAAUUUUUUUUAUCAUUAUUUGGCUCACGGCUGGGAUCACUUCGCUUAGAGAGCCAAAUUUGCCAUGACUUAAUUCGAUGAAAAAUAUUUUUGAAGUUAAGGGACCAUACUCCAUAGCCAUGAGAAUUUUGGUUAUUCAAAAGACGUGAUCAAAGAAGACGAGUUCUUCAGUAAAAGCAGUUUAAACUCAUUUCACCGUUAGCUGGUAACGCAAACCUUUCGGCCUUUAGAGAUCCCAAGAACAAUAAAGUAUCCAAACAAAUAGAUUUAACUCAACCAAUUCCUCUCCCUUAGGCCCUUACCCUUCAUCCGACACUGAAACCUUUGCCCAUUUGUCACAGUAUCGUCAUAUUUCUAUCAUCCUCAGCAAUGAUGCACAACUUUGAGAAAUACACUGUAGGACAAGUUGAAGCACUUCCUGCCAAUAAAAAUUUUUAUGACUAUGACGUAAGUAUUUUAUGUGUGUUAGUCUGACAGGGUUGUUUUGAUUAGUUGUCUUGAAUACCUUUCUUACUAUUUCAAUUUGCCAUGCUUGUGGUAACCGUAUUGUGGAAAACAAGGCUUUAAUGGUCUUCGCAUUGUCAUUAAUUGUAGCAGCGGACAAGCUUGGGUUAAGUUUUUUUUAGUUUUACUUAAGAUGGCUAGAACCUAUUUAUGUGCGUGUUGGUUAUGUUUUUGAUUUGCGUUUUUCAGAAUGAAAGAUUCAACCGAUUUCUAUGAUUUUUGGCGUGCCAAAUAAAUAAUCAUGGAACUUUAAGAGAAUUUUAUUUGUUUUCUUGUUGAUAUAAAAACCUUUGAGAUAUCGACAUAUAUUUAAAACCGCAUUUUUACGAAAAAUGUAAGUAACUUCGAAAUCCCAAGACAGAUUUUUCCCUAACUUCAGCAAAUAAGCCUCAGAGCUCUCUAGUUUUACAUCCUCCUCGGAUGGUUUGUUGCUUGCAACGCCAACUUAUAGAAGUAGGGUUACAUUAGGAGACAGAUCAUUCCAGGUCGCAGCUCCGGCACUUUGGAAUGUAUUACCGCGUGAGAUUCGUUCUAUUACAGAUCUAGGGAUUUUUAAGUGCCAUCUGAAAACGCACCUCUUUAGGGAAGCUUUUUAUUAAUUUAUUAAUUUUUAUCACGAUAAUUACUAGUAUCUUCACAUAUGUUGUAUAUUUUGAUUUUAUCAUAGUAUAUUUUAAAUAAUUAUUAGUUAGAUACCCUGUAUUAAACUAUUAUAGAUAGGAAUCAUGUAAUGCGCGCUGGAUCAUUACAUGGAAAGCACGCAAUAUAAGAAUUAAAUUAUUAUUAUUAUUAUUAUUAUUAUUAUUAUUAUUAUUAUUAUCUGCAAGUUUGAGGGCAAUCGUGACCGUAGAACUCGCUGCACAAAAUGCUGGUCGAAUUUAACCUUAAAAUGCUACACUAACAAAUGUGUGAAAGUUGACGCACCAAUAGAGUAGAGUGCCGACAGACUCCUAUCUGAAAGGAUAUUCUUACCUAAAGCUUUAUUACAAGAAACAGAAUAACCAGGAACCUACGGCGAACAUAGUUAGCACUACAAGAAGAACAACUUUAUGCUGUGUGCGCCGUAAUAUUUAAGAACUUCUAUUCAUCAAACUUACGUUGUAUUUGUCCCUCUCUUUUGGAAACAAAUCUUAACAAUGCUUCCGCCGUAAGUUUCUGAUUAAAAUUGUAAUGGUUAUGAUUACAAUGGAAAAACUGAGCUAUUUGUGUUUAUAUUUUAUUUUUGACGUUCAUGUUCUCUAACUCGCUACACUUUUUUCCUGUAGUCCUGUCUUCACUACAACAAUCACGCAUUUUCUCAAAACGACCAGGACACAAUUGAAUCGAUAAAGGAUCCAAGCAGGAGGUUUGGGCAAAGAGAAUUCUUCAGUAAACACGAUAUAAAACAGAUCAACGAACUCUACAAUUGCGAUGUUCCUCACUUAAGUGAGAAAUUGGAAGACGUCACGUGGGAAUAACAACAACUAUUUGAAAAGGAAUCCUUUGUCCUCUAAGAGUUUCAACGUCCAAAAUUAAAAAAAAAACCUUUUAGAUCAAAAAAGUAUCAUGUGUUAGGACUACAUACAAAACUCCUAACAGCUUUCUUAUGAAUGGCCACACUAUAGAUCGUUUUCACAUGACGUCAUGGCGGCCAUGUUUGUAAACAAAACAAUGAAUCGGGGGCCAUGUUUGUGUACAAAAUAAAUCCCGCGGGAAUUGAAAUCUUUUCACAUGUUAAGACUUUCUUUCUUUCCAAGCAAUUUGCAAAGCUGCUAAACACGUGACUGAAAACGAUCUAUAGGAUUUCAACCAUAUCUUCUCAAAGUCAUUAAUAAUUCAUGACGAAAAUACAAUGGAAAUAAUGUUUAAUGAGCGUUUGGAAAUCAGAUGAAAAACUGCUCAUUUUUGCAUCCUUAAUUUCUCCUUCUAAAAUCGUUUUGUUUGAGAAGUAACAUCAAGCAUUCGACAUGAAACACCUCGAAGUUCGUCAAAAUACUCUGCUGGGCGUCGUAUUUUCAUCUCUCUUCUCAGUGCUUCAUCCGGGUGAUGAAACACUGCGUCUCAUGCUUGAUAUUUUACCUCAAAAGUUUGUACUAUAAAUACACAAUGUAUCACAAGUCUCCAAAAUCGACUCUGGGAGUAAAAGGCUUAUAAGCAACAAUUUUGUCGUACACAAUAUAAGCUAGCAGAAAGAAUAUUUUUCAAUGGCUUAUUAAUUUUAGUACGUAACUUCUUUGCUCUAACCAUGAUUAAAAACUGAAAACACAAACCAUAAUUUUAAAAAGAUGUCCAUCUUUAUUGUUUGCAUCACUGGCCUUAGAUGGGUUUUUUUUCUUCAGCUUGUUUCCAUAAUUGUUACUCACGCGAUGGGGCUGAAUGAUAUAUUUAUCACGCUCUGCUUCACAGUGUUGUUAACCGCACUUUAUCUCGAUUUUUUAUAACGACUACCUCGUUGUACGUACGAUAUAUAUAUGUACAUGCAUCUUAAUUAUGUAAUGAAGGCUUCAUGAGGCAAACGAUUAAGUAAGUUGACUACUACAAUUCAAGACCACAUGCAUGUUUUUAGAGUCAGUUCAUAUUCCGGGUGAAUACGAGAACUGUUUCGUCCGUAGUCAGUUAUUUCCCACAAGAUUAGGUGACAUGGGGAUUUUACCUUAGAGUUUUAGGGGAGAAGGAAAUAAUUUUCCAUGAUUCAAGUAACUCAGUUUUCAGUGUGUUCUUUAAUCAGCAAUCGUAACAUUCUGAGCAUUCCAGAAUUUCAUUAAGACAGCAGUUUCUGUGCGUUUGAACAUUUGAAUCGACCUUUUAGUCGUAAUUAACCCCCCUUAAGUUUCCAAAAAUCACUCCGUGCUUUUGUGUCAUUAAAAACUGGGUUAAAAUUAAUAAUGGGAUAUAAUCCUCGUGCGUUUUCCCUGAAAAUGGAUGCGCUAGAAAUUUGUAACAAAAUUAAUGGGCUUUUGAAUGAAAUUGAAUUUAAUACAAAGAAAUUAUCACGGGGCGUUUAAACCUUCGUCAUAAUUUCUUUUUGAAGUCGUUAAGAUAAUUUUACGACCACAGUGUGCUCUUAAUAUAUUUUUGUGAUAGCUAUGGAAACAAACAUAAGUAACAUUUUGAUGGGAAGGUGUCAUAUGUAGCGAUAAUGGCCCUCUCUCAUUGAAAAUAACCACGUGAAGAAGGACAGCACAAUCGAAAUUUUUCAAAAGCAGUCUCUUAUCGUGUUGUAUGUCGCGGAAUGUCCGCUCUGUACUUGGUCGGUUUUAAUGAGAGGCCUUGGGGAAAAGGUGAAAGGCAAAAUCUUUAUUUAUUUUUGUGGUUUAGUUUUGGUUGGUAUUUUAAAGUUUAAUUAGUUGUGAUAAAGUCAAUUGACCAGCGUUCCACUUCAGUAUAAUUGACUGGUAUGACUUCUUGGUUCUCAUUGUAGUAUUAAAACUUACAGACACCAUUGAAGAGAAUACUAAUGAAAAUAAACAUUUUCCUUUAAACUU